AAAUGCCUUGAAAAAAAAAUAAUUUUUUUAAAAAAGGGUUCAUUUAUAAAUUUUCAGUACUAAAUGCAGUGUUAGCACUUUUUUAAGGGUGAGGGAGAAAAUGAAAAGGCUUUCUGAGACUUGGCGUCAAAAACGUCACGUUGGACAAACUCCGAGUUUGCAGAUCAUAUCUGCAGAAACAGGCAGCAAAGAGACUGAACCAGGAAUCCUGGGUAGACAGAGAUUUCUAGGACAACAUCGAGUGGAUAUUAGUAGACGAUGCCCUGCUGACCCUUGUCCACUAACCCCUCGUCGCUCAAAUCGCCUACAGCAACGAGACCCUGCACCGCUUCCCGGUGAUGUCAUCCAGCUAUUGUGUGGGAGUCCUAGUGUGGUUCCUGACCUCUCUCUGGUAUUAGAGGAUGAGCUGAUGAAAGCAGUCGAUGAGCUGGAAAAAAACUGGAGUGGGGGAAGAGCCAGAGAAGGUGCAUUAAAAGCCAUGAAUCUGAAUAACAUCGAGACAGCAUCUAAUACUGGUGGACAUGUAACUGAAAAAGUCAAUAAAUUCAAGCAAUCCAGUGAAGGCAACAAGAAAUGCUCGAGUACAGAGGUUCCCACAUUGAAGCCUGGCAGCUCUUUGGACCAGAGAAUAUUGCAAGGAAUAGGAUCUCCCGAACAGAACAGGUCUUCACUUGUCACUGCAGAAAAAGACCACGAUUUGGCUGUCAAACCUUCAUGUAGAGAAACAGGUCACAGUUCUGUUCAACACAAUAAAUUUCCGCCCAGCGGUGCCGAGAAUGGGGAGAGUGCGACUUUAGAGCUGAUGACCAGACACAAGAGAGGAAGGCCACCCUCUGUGACCAGCCCAGAUUUGGAUGCUCCAGUGGGUCCCACUACAAAGAAAAUCAUGCUUUCACAUCACUCCCUAGCAGCCACGACUGGAGCCCGGGCGCCAUCUUGUGUUUCAAAAUUUCGAAAAGGUCGGCCUGACUUUAAAAGGCAGCUUCAAACCUCCCAGGCCCUGAAUGUGAGCCUGAGCACUUCAAGAAGCUCCAUGGUCCUCACCCCUGACUGCCAUGUUUCAGGGCACAAGAAAAAUCUCUUUGCUCUCAAUUGUUCCUCGUCUGUGCUGACUCCUCCUCUUGGCCUCGAUCAAAGUUCGAUCGAUGGCAGCAAACUGAGCGAGACCCUGUCAGCAACAGGACAAUGUGAGUUAGCUGCCCCUGCAGGACAGGCAGAGAAGCUGCUGUUGUGUAACUGGGGGCUGCCUAGAGCGGUUCUGGAGAAAUAUCGGAGCCUGGGGGUGGUGAGCAUUUUUGAAUGGCAAGCGGAGUGUCUGACUCAGCCUGGAGUGUUGGAGGGAAAAAACCUGGUCUAUUCAGCCCCUACCAGUGCUGGAAAGACUCUGAUCGCAGAGUUGCUGAUUUUAAAGAGAGUUUUGGAAACCAGGAAGAAAGCUCUCUUCAUUCUUCCUUUUGUUUCUGUGGCGAAAGAAAAAAUGUAUUACCUACAGAAUAUAUUUCAGGAGGUUGGGGUGAGAGUGGAGGGAUACAUGGGAAGCAUGUCACCUGCGGGGGGAUUUUCAUCACUAGAUGUAGCUGUGUGCACAAUUGAGAAAGCCAAUGGAUUGAUCAACCGAAUCAUUGAGGAGGAGAAAAUGGAGAAACUCGGAAUAGUCGUCGUUGAUGAAUUGCACAUGUUGGGGGAUUCACACAGAGGAUACCUGUUGGAACUUCUUUUAACUAAGAUACUGUAUGUCAGUCAAAAGACAGCAGCAAAGAUUGGAGCAAACGAGCAGCAUUUCAACGAAGGGGUACAGAUUAUAGGGAUGAGUGCCACCCUCCCAAACCUAGGGAUUUUGGCAACUUGGCUAAAUGCAGAACUGUAUCGUACAAACUUCCGGCCUGUACCUCUCAUGGAAUGGGUUAAGAUCGGGAACUCAAUAUAUGAUUCAACAAUGACAGUGGUGCGAGAAUUUCAGCCUGCACUGCAAGUCAAGGGUGAUGGGGAUCACAUCGUCAGCCUUUGUUAUGAAACACUGCAGGGCGGUCACUCCGUCCUGCUCUUCUGUCCUUCCAAGAACUGGUGUGAAAAGCUGUCUGAGACCAUCGCCAGAGAGUUUUACUAUCUCCAGCAGAGAUCUGCUCCUGGUGCUAAGGGAUUUGUGAAGGCGUCCAGCUUACUGCCGUUCAUGCAGGAGGGGGGUGGAGUCACGGAGAUCCUGGAUCAGCUGAAGAGGUCUCCUGCCGGGCUGGACGCAGUGCUUGGCCGCACUAUACCACUAGGGGUGGCCUUUCAUCAUGCUGGAUUGACGUUUGAUGAGCGAGACAUUAUCGAGGGCGCCUUUCGCCAGGGAUUGGUUCGGGUUCUUGUGGCUACUUCAACUCUGUCCUCUGGGGUGAAUCUACCUGCUCGCCGUGUGAUUGUCAGAUCCCCGGUCUUUAAUGGACGCCUGCUUGAUAUCCUCACAUACAAACAGAUGUCUGGGAGAGCUGGGAGGAAGGGAGUUGACACUAUGGGUGAAAGUAUCCUUGUGUGUAAGAAAGCUGAGAAAUCUAAAGGAGUGAACUUGUUGCAGGGCUCUCUCAAGCCUGUUCGUAGCUGUCUUGUGAAGAAGGAGGGAGAGGGCGCUACUACCAGCAUGAUUCGAGCUAUCCUUGAGAUAAUAGUGGGUGGUGUAGCCAGCAGCCCAGAAGAAGUCAGUGCAUAUGCUUCAUGCACACUGCUAGCUGCAAGCUUAUGUGAGAGUGAGGCCGGGUCGAUCCAGGGUGAUGCUAUCGAAGACUGUGUUCGGUACCUAAUGGAGAAUGAGUUUAUUCAGAUCUUGGAAGAGGAACAGGAAGGGAAAAAAAUUCAGCGUUAUCACCCUACACAGCUGGGUACAGCCACACUUGCUUCUUCCCUCUCCCCUCCAGAGGCACUGGGAAUCUUUGCUGAUCUGCAGAGGGCAAUGAAAGGCUUUGUGUUGGAGAAUGAUCUCCAUAUUCUCUAUCAGGUCACACCAGUUUAUGAGGAAUGGGCGACCAUUGACUGGUAUCAGUUUUUCUGUAUGUGGGAGAAGUUGCCAGGCUCAAUGAAGCGAGUAGCGGAGUUGGUUGGCAUUGAGGAGGGUUUCCUGGCUCGCUCAGUGAAAGGGAAACUUAUAGCCAGGACUGAGAAGCAAUACAGACAGAUGGCUAUUCACAAAAGAUUUUUUACCAGCCUCGUACUGCUUGAUCUAAUCAAUGAGGUUCCCCUUGGAAUCGUUGCAAAGAAGUACUGCUGUAGCCGGGGGCAGCUUCAGUCUCUCCAACAGUCGGCAGCAACGUAUGCAGGCAUGGUCACCAUGUUCUGUAGCAGGCUUGGCUGGCACAAUAUGGAGCUGCUCCUCUCGCACUUUCAGAGCCGCCUUAGUUUCGGUAUUCAGCGGGAGCUCUGCGAUCUGGUGCGGAUUUCUUUACUCAACGCUCAGCGGGCUCGAGCGCUGUAUGGUGCGGGAUUCUUCACUGUAUCCGACCUGGCACGUGGAAACCUUCUCGAAGUGGAAACGGCUCUGAAAAAUGCCGUCCCAUUUAAAAGUUCCAGGAGGGCAGUAGAUGAGAGCGAGGGUGAAGCUCGGGAGCGAAGGGCAACUCGCUGUAUCUGGGUGAGUGGUAAGAAAAGUCUGACUGAGAGAGACGCUGCUAUCUUGAUUGUGGAAGAGGCCAGGAAGCUCCUUCAACAAGAUCUUGCCCAGAUGGGGGUGGACUGGAACCCUGAGCAGCUGUCAGCUAAUUCUCAGCAAGGAUUUGCUUUACCUGCCCCUGGGGCUGAGAACAAACCGAAGCUCGAUGACGCUCCAUCCCUGGAUCUAAAGACCGAGGCAGCUGUGAAAGGGCUGAGAGGUUCAGUCUCAGUUGCUAGUCCAUCAAAACAUGCCGGUGUCGUGACUGAUUUAAAUUCCAUGCGAAGUGGGCAAAGCCUUGUUUCUAGACAUUGUCCAGACAUGGCUAAAGAGAAGCCCUCGGCUGGUUUGGUCUGUUUCACGAGUGAUGGACCCAACAAGAGAGCGGUCAAGAGUUUGGAACCAUCUGAAGUUGGGAAUUGUGCCCUGGAUCAAGGUGAAGCUGUGAAAGAUGCUGAUAGUCGAGGUGGUGACUCCAUUGCAGUGAAUUCCUCUCCAGUAAAUCAAGCUGCUAAAAGCGACGGGGAAACGGAACAGAAAAUUGUUCUGGACCAUCCAGCUAAAACUUCCCAGCCAACCCCACGUGAAAAUAAGAAUGAUAAUGAUCUUAGUUGUAAAGAGUGUGGUUCUGUAACCAUCAAUAAGACUGGUGAUACACACAAUCCAAAUGUUGUUGGGAGCAAGUCUCCUGAGCUGUAUUCUGCCCCAAGAGAGUUUGAGGAAAGCUUUCAGCUGGACUCGCAAACCGAGAAAAUGCUGGAUCAAGCUUCUGUGGUGUUGUCUGUCUAUAAGGAUCAGCUAGAGAAUGGGAACACUAAAUUAACUGUGGGAGACCAAUCCACCUCAGGCAAUGGCAAGAAUGUCAGUGAUGUUGAAACAAGCUCAGGGCAACCUGAUAAAGCUUUGUCUGGAAGUGAGUCAUCCACAAGUAAGCCUACAGUGAGAGUAAAAUCUAAGCAAAUGCCUCAGUCAAACUUAGGUGCUGUUCAGGUGCAGAGCUGUGGGAAAGUACUGUCCUUCCAUUUAACUAAACCUUCCACAUCCUCUCCUAAUAGUCUCACUCUAUCCACUGAAACAAGUCCAUCUUCAAUGAAAGGGAAUGAUUUUUCUUUAGUUGAUACUCAGCUGGAGAGUUUCAUGCAAGGAUACCGAACUCAGGCGUUUACUGAAGAAGCAGCCUCACCUGUUUUGGUUCAAGAGGUAAAUGGGACAUUGAAUAACCUAAUUCCCAACAGUGAAAAACUUAGUUUACAAUCAGGACUGAAUGCCAGUCACCCAGUCUUUGAGGAUGAGACGUCCCUGAACAUGAGUGAUAGUUUGCUGUUUGAUAGCUUUACUGACUUGCCCCCAGCAGAAGAUGCGCUUGUACAGGGUUGUCCACAAAGCCAGCUACCAGUACCCAGGGCAGAUGUCACCAUUGAAAGCCUGUCUUCCCCAUCUUUGUUUGCAGAAUUUGCAGGAUUACAGGAUCAAAAUACAAUACACAAUCCAGCUGGUGAACUUGCUGAUGAAUGUUUCCGUUGGAAUCAAUUCUCCUUCGGCCUCUCUGAUUUUCAAGAUUCCUUCCAAAAUUUGGACCCUGUUGUUUGCACGUCGGGGUCUCCAGCGCACAGUGUGGGCAGAGAUGUCAUCAGUGAUUUAACAUUACAAGAACUGGGGAAGAAAGUGAAUGGUGUAAUCGAAAGUUGGAGUAAACCAAAGGAAGGCAUGUUGACAAAAGGAAGUGGAGAAGGCUUAUUUGAUGAUUCAACGGAAAGGAAAGUAACGGACGAAUGUAACCAGUUGGGGUCAGACACGCUGACCCUGACCCUAAGUCCAGGGUUCAGGGAGGUACUGGAUCAAUGGCCAGCUCCUUCAGAGGAGAAACCUAAUACUACAGAAGAUCUACAAAAUGAUCUGAAAAAGGACCAAGAUUUAAAAGGAUUCACAGAACCUGGUGGCAUACAGGAUACAGCUUGUGGAAGCAGGGAUGCCACAAAUCAUCUGAUCAUUCAAACAAUGGGGAAAACAUCCAAUGGUUCAUCACCAGAUCAAAGGAAGAAGGUGCCAACAGAUGAGCACCAAAGUAAUAAUGCGCCCCGUUUAGAGAUGACUAAGGGCAUGGAAUGCAGGCCAGACAGUCGAAAUGAAGUUCCCCCCACACCUCCCAGUGAACCCGUGACUCCGAGAAUCAAAAUCAAGUCAACUUCAACAGCAGAUCAAAGGAGUUCUGAUAAAAAGAGCCAGAAGUGUCCUUUGCGGAAGGAAAUUCCUGAUGCCUCCGCUCAUGAACGUGUUGUUUUAGGUGACGAUGCAGGAAAGCUCCCAACUCAUCAAAACGUUGAUUCGAAAACAGUGGUGAAUGGAGAUGAUGGCUCUCUCAUAGACGAAGGCUUUUUACUAGAGUUGUCGCAGGACGCUGUGUUAUCAUCUUGUGGGCCCUGCAGCGCAGAGACUUUCACCAUCAUCGAUGUGGCUAGCAGUCGGGCACUUUUCCAGACCUUCAUUCAGGAGUGGAAAAGUAAACACAGAUUUGCACUUUCAGUGGCAUGUGAGAAACGGGAACGUGUUCUGUCGCCCGGCUCUGUGAUUGGUGGCAGGUUUCAGUCAACUCAGAGUCCGGCAAGGAUUUCAACAAAGACUUGUGGGUUUGCAAUGAACGGUCACAAAGGCCUGGUGGUGACUGGUUUAUGUGUGUGCUGGGGAGGGAAGGACGCUUAUUAUAUCUCCUUGCAGGAGCGUGAGGAGAGUCCUGAUGAUUUAAGCAGCAGCUUGGCCCCUCCUCCUCUGGACCCUGAGCUGUCGGUGACUGAGAAGCUGCUCCAUGUGCGGUCCUGUCUGCAGCAGGGAGGCUGCUCCCUCGUUCUCUACGAUUUUAAGCUCCACUACACAACAUUGCUCCAUGCCUGCAGCAUCUCCAUGGAGGGUGACUUUGAGGAUCCACAGGUGGCCUGUUGGCUGUUGGAUCCUCGUGCCAAAGAGAGGACCCUCCAUAAUAUGGUGACCAACUUCCUCCCCCAGGAAUUAGCAUUACUGCAUGGAGUAGGCACUGGCCACGGCAUUCAGAGUCUGGGGCUGAGUGCAAACACAGACAUCUCUGGUCGUUAUAGAGUCUCUGUCGAGUCUGUGCUUGUCUAUAAUACAAUGAAUCAACUUAACGUACUGCUGGAGAAAGAAUCUCUGCAAGGCGUGUUUCAGAAUGUUGAAAUGAAGUGUCAGUACUGUCUGGUCCUGUUGGAGCUGAAUGGAAUAGGAUUCAGUGCGGCAGAAUGUGAGGCUCAGAAACACAUCAUGCAGGCCAAGCUCAGUGCCAUAGAGAAACAGGCUUACCAGCUAGCAGGACACAGCUUCUCUCUGACCAGCCCAGAUGACAUUGCAGAGGUGUUGUUCUUAGAGCUCAAACUCCCAUCCAAUGGUGAGAUCAACAGUAUUAGUAAGAAGACGCUUGGCUCCACUCGGAGGGCAGCAGCAGGAAACCGCUGCAAGUUGGCUACGCUGUUCAGCACAACCAAGCAAGUGCUAGAGAAGAUGAAGUCCCUUCAUCCUCUGCCUGGUUUGAUCCUGGAGUGGAGAAGAAUCACCAAUGCGAUGACCAAAGUGGUCUUCCCCCUGCAGAGAGAAAAGAGCCUCCACCAACGGCUGGGAAUGGAAAGGAUUUACUCCACUAGUCAGACGUACAGUGCCACAGGUCGAAUUAGCUUUGCCGAGCCUAACCUGCAGAACGUGCCAAAGGAUUUUGAGAUUGAAAUGCCAACAGUGAUUGGGGAAAGUCCACCGUCUCAGGAAAGAAACAAUGUGGCUCUACCUACAAAAUCCAGGAGGCGGGGUUGCAAUGUCCGACUACCUGAUCAGGAAGCCAUGAUGGGAAACAGAAAGACUGAUAAAGGGCUGCCAUUUUUUGUCAGUAUGAGACAUGCAUUUGUCCCAUUUCCAGGUGGCCUGAUUGUGGCAGCCGAUUACUCCCAACUGGAGCUGCGGAUCCUGGCUCACCUCUCCAAGGACAGGGGGCUGAUCCGCGUCCUGAACUGCGGGGAAGAUGUGUUCAAGAGCAUUGCUGCCGAAUGGAAAAUGGUGGAGCCAGGGUCAGUGAGCGACAGUCUGAGACAGCAGGCUAAGCAGAUCUGCUAUGGUAUAAUCUAUGGGAUGGGGAGCAAGGCUCUGGGUGAGCAGAUGGACCUGGAUGAGAAUGAUGCAGCUGCUUACCUCGAAACCUUCAAAUCACGAUAUAAAGGUAUUCAAACGUUUCUUCGUCAAACUGUAAAUAACUGUCGGAAAAAUGGCUUUGUUCAAACAAUUCUUGGCCGGAAGAGAUACCUGCCAGCCAUAAAGGAUCCCAAUCCACAUGCCAAAGCUCACGCUGAACGUCAGGCAGUGAACACCACUGUACAAGGGUCAGCAGCAGAUCUGGUAAAAAUGGCAACGGUCAAUAUCCAGAAACGGUUAGAGGAAAGCUUCCCAUCUGUUGCCAAAUCACACGGCCAUCAGGAGAGAAUAGUCCAGGGAAAUAUCCGAUCUGGAUUCUCAGAAAGGAAGAGAAGGCGAGAGGUGUACCGACCAGCCAGUGGGGGAUUCUUCAUCUUGCAGUUACACGAUGAACUGCUUUAUGAAGUGGCCGAGAAUGACAUGAUACAGGUUGCACAAAUCAUGAAGACUGAAAUGGAAAACGCCAUGAAGCUGUCAGUGAAACUCAAAGUUAAAGUGAGAAUUGGUUCCAGUUGGGGGAGCCUCCAAGACUUAGACUUAUAGACCAUCACUAACAAGCAGUUUUAUAAAUGUAGAUGAAAUUACUGUAAUGUUUUACAGUGUACUUUAUAAAAUAUAUUUAUUGUCUACACAAGAGGUCAUUUUGAAUUGGAUAAUGUGGAAUAUAAUUCAAAAUCAAUUGUAUUUUUAAAAAGUCCAACAAAAUGCUGACUGGAUUCAUUCUAAAAGUUGAGUGCACAUUUUUCUCAUCUAUUUAAAAGAAAAAAACUAUUUCCAUGUUUUCAGAAUCAAGUUAUGGAGAUAGUUGAAGGACCACACUUUGUGGUAUCAGGAGCCCUCUGAUAUCUUAAAGAUCUCGUUGUAGCACAAACAUUAACUGCCUUCAAUGCAACACUAAAUUUACUUAAUUUUUAAUUCAAUGAGAAUUAACUUUUCAACCUGCACCUUUUACAAAGGGUACUAGCAGAACAUACAGAAAAAUGGGACCUCUGGUAUGCAUUUGCAAUGCAAGUUAUCCAACUUGCAAGCAGUGCCUUUUUAAUUCAGUCAUGUCUUUAUUGUGGAGAGUGAUUAUGAUGCAACAGAAUUGUUCGGCUGAUCUCUUUACAGGUGGGUUUAGCUGAGAGACCAAGACAUCAAAGAACAUUAUCAUGGGAAUUGGUUUAUUUCACUAAGGGAUGGGUAGAAAGAUAAGUGAACUUGACUUGUGGACAGUUUAAGAACUGAAAAUAGGCAACGGUUUGACUGGCUGCCACCAGUUUCUGACUCUACAAAUCUUUAGUAAUUAUCUGAAGUCGACCAUUAAAAACUAAUUGAACUUGGCAUUUUAACAAGAAGUCAUUUUGAAUGAGACUAAAUUGUAGUAAAACCCCAUUUUGAUAUGGCUAAGAUAUUUUACUGUAUUGAUCUAACUGUUCCUAUGAAUAGUAAAAUAUGCUUUAUCUGUUUUAUAAUGAAAUCCUUUUUCUAAUAGAUUUUUAAACGUGUAAAACCUGUAUAUACAAAUCAGAAAGAUUUAUUGUUGAAGGUAAAGUGGUAAGUGUUCUUAUUAUAACUUAUAGAAAACAUAGUGAAAUGUCGCUAAUUGAUAGUGUAUGGAAUUGUUUCAAAUGAUAUUUGAGAAUAAUUUAUUUUUUUCAACUAAAUUUACCUUGUUCAAAGAAUAA